AGUGAGUGAGUGAGUGAGUGAGAGAGAGAGAGAGAGAGAGAGAGAGAGAGAGAGAGAGAGAGAGAGAGAGAGAGAGAGAGAGAGAGAGAGAGAGAGAGAGAACAUUAAUGCAUCCGAACAGAUGUUUGGACGUGCAACAUGUGGAAACAGAGAGGAUCGUUGCCAGCGAUCUCUGUUCUAUCCUGGUGUCUUUCGUUUGUUUGUUUGUUUGUUUGUCUGCAACUCUACUGUACAUGCUAUUCACUUUCUAAAGUUAAGAAUAGGAUAAGCAAGGGAAGAAAUGAGAGUAAUGAGGACAAUCUCCGAAAUUAUAUCUCCCUUUUAGUAUUACACAACAUACUUUAUUUUCCACCUCGGCCAAGUGGGUCUACGCAUAAGGCAGCUCACUUUACACUCGGCAUUACACGAGCAUCCCCGUCUUCCACUGUAAAGUCUUUGUAAUUGGUCUUGGAGAGCACCGGGAAAAAAAGAGACUGUUCUGUGUGUCGCCGUGAGAUAAUGAUGAUUGUUAUUAAUGAAAAGAAUUUUUUACUUGCUGUGACAUGAAAAUUUACGUCGGGUAUCUUUAUUUUCGAUGAAUGUGUUCUGCUUGGGCAAGACACAGGUUAUUGCAUUAAUGAGUAAAUGCGAAUGAAUGUAAUAGUCAUUAUUAAUAGCAAUUAUGUUAUGAUUGGGGAAUUAUUAUGAAUUAAUUCAAGUGUUCGGUGCUACCAGGCUUUGAGUUUGAUCAGUUAGUAAUAAUUUAACAAGAUGUUAUUUGCUCCAGGUCUGCAACAUCAGGAUGUGAAAACCAUUAGAAUGUUUGUAUUUUCCUUGACUAGAGGGAUUCCCUAUAGCGACAGUUAUACAUAUAUUAUGGCAUAUAUAACUGUGAAGAACUACUACUGUAUUACACCCGUGUACUAAAGGCCUUGCAUAUUUACGUAUCGUUGACACAUCAUUGCCUUACUUUUCCAGUUUAAAAAUGUAUUUUAAAAGUAAAUAGGUGGAGCUUCUGAAACCAGAUAGAGGUAUUGUGGAAGUUUGAGUGGGUGAACUUUGGAAACUCCCUGGAAUAUGUUGUCAAUACGACCAGCCGUUUCUUCAUCCAAACGCCCUGCCGCAGCUUCAAGCCAGACACCGGAAAAGGAGCUUCUGAAUGCCUUACUAGUACAUACGGCUGACAAGAACAAAGAGGGAAUCGCUCUGGCAAAAGCGUUUCAGAGGCUCAACAAAGGAGGUCCUUGUAUCAAGACGGCCGCCACUUCCGCUGUGGGAAGGGAAUGGGAGUAUGUUCCUCGAAAGUGGACAGAAGGAAAAGAUAGAAACGGAGGAAGAUCCCGAAAUGUUUGACACGCACUUUACUCUUUGCUCCAGAAUACGUGUAGGUUGGCUGCCUCCUGGGAAGUCUGGGUCACUUCUGGCAAUACUCUGGAACGCCUCAUCGGCUUAGUCCACUACGGACCACCCAGAGACAGAGACUAAGGGAAGGAUUGGUGAAGUAUGAGGAAAAUGUCUCUGAAAUGCUAAAGAAAGCUGCACAUCUAGCGGGGACUGAUCUAAACACACUGGAUAAUAUACAGAGAUUAAACAGUGUGUUGAUCGUAUAAAGGAAAUGCUUGAUCGUUCCAAAGGCUAUUGUUAAGACAACAGUCGAUAUUUUAUCAAACCAGAUAAGAGAUGGUCAAUGCGGCGACCUCACUGAUUACCUUCUCUGCAGCAUAGAAGAAAGUAACUAGGAUGAAGAUGUCAUUAAAUUAAUCGUCGGACUAUUGAAAAAUACGACAUACCGGCGAUAUGAUAAACGGUCUUGGCCCACUGCUGGACCAGGUGGUUCCCGAGAAGAUGAAUUUGUGGUUCGACUCGAACCCAACGCCCAGCCGGGUACAGCCAGCUCUGGAGGACGACCUGUACACCUCCUCGCGGUCAGGUGAAGGCGCCUCGUACCUGAAGGCUCUGACGGGGCCCGGAAGCCUGUGCAAAGUGACGAGCUGCCAAGGCUUCGUGUCGGCUUCCACGGCCGAGCUCCUGCCGACGUCCGUGACGUCGUUUACGAUCUCAACGGACUUCCAGAGCAUGCCGGCGCUGGCGGCGGCACUCGCCAGGCUGGAGGACCUCGACUGGUUCUGUGAGGACUCGGAGCCGCUGAUCCGGCAGCUGCUCGACCGUGAGGUGUGGGUCGAGGACCUGGACGUGAACUGCAGCUCCUCCGACGCGGCGAUCGACCGUGAUCGACUGCACUACAUGGCGCUCGACCUUAGUGUCUCUCCUGUGUGGAUAUCUUCUGAGCUUGAGUGAUAAUAAAAAAAAAAAAAAAAAAAAAAAAAAAAAAUAUUUGGGAACUGUCGAGGUUUAGCGGUAACUUGCUGAAGAAGAUGUGGCAGGCUCGGUUAGGUGAGGUGUGGCGAUUCCUGGCUGAUUGUGACUGCGUUUUUUUUUUAUAAAUUGUGAUUUAUUAGAAUCAAAUGAUAAUAAUAAAAAUGGUGUUGCUUUA